GCGUUUCGUCUUUCGCUGUUCAGUCUCCCCUCCUCUCUCUCACAGAGUCACAGGAACUCACACUUUUUGCAGUAUUGGUGCGCGCACAACUCUGACAGCACCAAACCCACUUCACUUCCAUGUCUGUCCCAGUUCCUUGAUCAAACCCAAACCCCAACUUUCCCAAGUCUUCGAAGGGAGACCCCAGGAAGCUCCAAUUGUGAAGGUAUUUUUUAACUUUAAGGGAGUUGUGAUGGGUAACGGCUCAGACACGGAUAUUAGUGAAUCUGAAAUGGAUGAGUAUGAAGAUAAAUCUUAUGAAGAAUUGAAGAGUGGGAACCACAAUUUCAAAAACUCAGACGAGACGUUUGCUUGCCCCUACUGCCCAAAGAAGAGAAAGCGAGACUAUCUAUAUAAGGACCUUCUUCAGCAUGCUUCUGGGGUGGGCAAAAGUAGUUCGGAUAAGAGAAGUGCAAAAGAGAAGGCUAAUCACCUUGCUUUGGUGAAAUAUUUGGAAAAAGAUUUAGCUGGUCCAUCAAAACCUGCUGACAAGAGUGAUCCUCCUAUUGACUGUGACCAUGAUGAGAAAAUUGUUUGGCCUUGGACAGGAGUUGUGGUUAACAUGCCAACUAGACGGACAGAUGAUGGGCGAUAUGUAGGAGAAAGUGGAUCCAAGCUGAGGGAUGAGUUGAAAAGUAGAGGGUUUAAUCCCAUAAGAGUCCACCCUCUAUGGAAUUUUCGCGGUCAUUCAGGAAGUGCUAUUGUGGAAUUCCACAAAGAUUGGCCUGGGUUACAUAAUGCUAUGUCAUUUGAGAGGGCUUAUGAGGCAGAUCAUCAUGGGAAAAAGGACUGGCAUACUAGUAAUGGCCAAAAAUCUGGUCUUUAUGCUUGGGUUGCCCGUGCAGAUGACUAUAAUUCAACUGGAAUUGUUGGGGAACACCUACGAAAGAUUGGAGAUGUUAGAACUAUUUCUGAAAUUAUGGAUGAAGAAGCUAGGAAACAGGAUAAACUUAUAUCUAAUCUGACAAACAUUAUUGAACUCAAGAACAGGCACUUAAAAGAGAUGGAGGAAAGAUGUAGCGAGACUUCAGUCUCUGUUAGCAACUUAAUGGAAGAGAUAGAUACACUCGUUCAAUCUUAUACUGAAGAUCUUAGAAAAGUGCAACUGAGUGCGAGGGAUCACUUUCAGAGGAUUUUUAAUGACCACGAAAAGAUUAAGUUGCAACUGGAAUCUCAGAAAAAAGAGCUUGAGAUGCGUGGGAUAGAGUUGGAAAAGCGUGAUGCGCAGAGUGAAAGUGAAAGAAGAUUGCUCGCUGAAGAGAUUGAAAAGAAUGCCAUAAAAAAUAGCUCUCUGCAAUUGGCCUCUUUGGAGCAACAGAAGGCUGAUGAAAAUGUCUUGAAACUGGCUGAAGAUCAGAAGAGGCAAAAGGAGAAACUCCAUAAUAGAAUAAUUCAACUGGAAAAGCAACUGGAUGCAAAACAAGCGCUGGAAUUGGAAAUUGAGCAAUUGAGAGGGCAACUAAAUGUCAUGAAGCACAUGGGAGAUGAUGGAGAUGUAGAAGUUCUGCAAAAGGUGGAGGCGAUACUCAAACAGUUGCGAGAAAGAGAAGGGGAGCUUGAAGAUUUAGAAGAUUUGAACCAAACUCUAAUAGUGAAGGAGCGCAAGAGCAACGAUGAACUGCAAGAAGCUCGAAAAGAAUUAAUAAGUGGCUUGAAAGAAAUGGUAAGACGUACUUGUAUUGGUGUUAAAAGAAUGGGAGCACUUGACAAUAAACCAUUCCAUGAAGCAAUGAAGAGAAAGUAUAGCGAGGAAGAAGCAGAUAUGAGAGCUUCAGAGCUUUGCUCAUUGUGGGAGGAAUAUCUGAAGGACCCAGACUGGCAUCCUUUCAAAGUUACUACCAUUGAAGGGAAACAUCAGCAAGCUAUAGAUGAUGAAGAUGAGAAAUUGAAAGGUCUGAGGAAUGAAUUGGGUGAUGAAGUUUACAAGGCCGUGACAACAGCUUUAAUGGAAAUAAAUGACUACAACCCAAGUGGGCGGUACAUAAUAUCAGAAUUGUGGAACUACUCGGAGGGAAGAAGAGCUACCCUCCAAGAGGGAGUCACAUUGUUACUAGAUGAAUGGGAGGAAGUAGUAACUAAACGCAAAAGGGGAAUGCGUUGAAGGAAAUAAAUAUCCGAGUCCCCAAAUGUAGCAACUAUGGAGAUGGAAUGAUCUUGCUCCCCUUUACAAGAUGGGGGAAUGUGUCUAGGGCAUUUCUUCUCUGUAAAUUAUGAAAUUUCAUGUUGUACCAAUUCUGCUCUCCAUGAGACAACUUCUUGUAUGAACUGCAUUCAUGCACUCACGCCAACACUUGGCAUUCCUGUUCUACAAUUGAUGGAAAACCUAUCCGACAAUGUAGCCUUUGAUCUGCAAUUUGUGUUUUAAAUAAGCUUUUCCCUGUU